CACUGGUUCUUUCUGGGUCUUCACCAUAUGCGGUGUUUAACCAGACAUAUAUACUCACCUGUACGGUAACACAUGUUGUGAAUGUCAGUGGUGAAAUACUGUUUUUAAGGAAUGGGAAUGAAGCUUAUGGAUCAAAAGAUCAGAGUGGUGAUACUUGUUCUACAUUCAGUACUCCACCACCUGGCUACUCUAUGUCCUGUGGAAGUGGCACAAACAGCAGCUCGUCCUCCACUAAGAACUACACUUUAGAGAUUGCCCAAAUUAAAUCACAGGAUGCUGCUGAUUGGUCUUGUCGGCUAUUCGGAUCUAAAAUGUCUGUUUUGUAUCUGAAGAUUAGCAGUGGUCCAAACAAUGUUACAUUCAAUCCAUUACCACCAACGGAUGUCAAAGAAGGAGGUAGUGUGAAAGUAAACUGUAUUGCUGACUGUGUCCCACCAUGUUUUUACUCUUGGACGUGGGGAAAGGAAAUCAUCAGAUCUACCUCUUUGUUAGCACUGGAGAACAUCAAACAGGACAAGGCAGGAGCGUACACGUGCACAGCGACCAACACGUUUUUAUUUCAGUCUGACUAUAAAACGUUCGAAUUGACUGUUCUUGCUGUAGGAACUGCAACAAUUGUUUGCACAGGUGGUGCAUAUCUUGGACAGAAUACAACAAUAGUCUGCAAAAUAACCAACACCAUAGUUGGUGAAAUAAGAUUUCUCAGACCAAAUAGUGGAACACAACAGGAGGUGAUAGCAUGUAACCGUGGUAAUACUGGAUGUUUAGUACAAGGUGGUAUGACUGGAUACAGUUAUGUUAUUGAUUCCUCUUCACAAACCACUCUAACUAUACAAUCAUUCAACCCUAGCACAGAUGAAGGAGAAUGGAUUUGCCGUGAUGGACCAUCUAGUAUUGGAGAAGCUACCUGUAACAUGAAUCUCUUUUAUGAUCCAGAGCGCAUGUCUGCCUUAAGUGCAGGUGCUAUAUCGGGAAUUGUGAUCGCUGUUGUUCUGGCUCUUGCUAUUCCUACUGUGUGGAUACUUUAUAAGAGGAAAAUAAAGAAGAAAGCUGAAGAUGUGCAAAACGAAUCUAAUAACUAACGAAAACCAAAAUCAAGUUCACAACCCUGCAUGUUUCCGUUAUUAGUACCCGAAUACUGAAGACAGAAACAUGCUAACGCUAGAAUUUUACAGUUUUCGUUUUCAAUUCGUAUCAAACUCUAGUAGUAAACAAGGCUCUUUUUUGUUGGGUGUUCCAGUAUUUUAUAUUUGUUGUUUGUUUGUUUUUGUUGGGGUUUUUGUUUUGUUGUUUUUUGUAGCUGAAAUUAGACUAAAGAUACAGUACCAUAGUUAGAAAUGUAGUAGUUCACUAAUUUUACAUUAGUUGUCAAAAAUAACAACUGAUGAAUUAGCUUGUGGUGUGGGUGGGGGGUAAAAAGUAUCAACUGUAUACAUUAUAUUUUAAAAUUCUGAAACGGUGAGUUCAGACAGUUUUGCUUGAAUUGUUACUUAUAAUCAAUAAAGCAGUACGAGGAUAUUAAAUGCAGAAUUAUAAUUAUGUGCAAUUAAUUUAUGUAGCUGUUUCAUUUAUACAAUGCGUUUUUGUCCUUAUGUUUUUAACAGCCAAUACCAGAUUUUGUCUUCCAAUAAUUUCAAACGUAUAUACGAAAAAAAUAUAUAUUGCAAAAUAAAAUGAAAAAAUAACUGCUAAAACAUUAGGACACCUACACUAGAUACACAGACGCUGGUAUUCAAAACAAGAACAUGUAUUAAUAUGUAAAUUUAGUCACAAAAAAGAUUCUGUUCAUUGGAACAUCAACUCAGGACAGUUCCUUCAAUGACAGUAUGUUAAGAAUUGUUGUAUUUAUUUACACUCGGAAUGUUUUAAAACAAAUUUUUUUUUUUUUUUAAAUAUGUGAGUUUCUAUGGGUCAAAAACUUAACUAUAUGUUUCAACUUUAUUCCUAAUAGUGUUAAUGUCAAUUCAUCGGUUUCCUUUUCGUGCACACGGGCUAUACAAAUUAACCGAUCCCACAUAAAAUAUGGUCAUAAAUAACACGGGGAUAUCAGAAUUUUAAAGUGUUUGCAUUAUAUGUACGACUGAGUCUUGUCAGUGGCGUAGGAAGAUGCCAAAAAGUGUAUGUGGUGUGUGUGUAGGGGGGGGGGGGGGCGGCACACUUUUAUAUUUACACACUUUUACACUAUUAUAAAGCAAAUAUAAAGCAAAAUAUCCGCUUCCUACGCCAGUGCUUGUCUUUAACUAUACAGUUUUGCAAGUUGACAUCCUGCUGCUAGAUAAGUCUGACAUAUACGCCUAACACAGUAUUGAUCACCAUUCUCUCUGUGGUCUUCUAAAGAGUUUUAAAGAUUUUUUUCUAUUAAUAAAUUUUGCUGUAAUUAUUAUGGGCAUAUAGCUGAAUGUAUCAUGUGAAAGUUGAAGCUGCCAUCGUGCAAGUGUGACACUGUAUCUUUAAGAUAGUUUAAAUUGUUUAAUGUUAUUUUUAUUUAUCUUGCAAUAUAUUAUUUUCUUAUAUUUUAUUUAUUUUCAUUUUCAUUUUUCUAUUUUUAUUUCUAACUUCUUCUUUUAUUUCAUUUUGUUUAAAUUUAAAUUUAGUAUAUUUUUGAUUGAAUCAAUUCAAAUCAACUCAAAUCUAUAGUAUUCUAUUUUAUUUCAAAAAAAAUUAGUUUUUCCUAUAAAUAAAACCAUUCAGUACAACAGUUUUUGUUAGAGCGGGGUAGUUCGUGGGUGGGGGCUUCUAUUCGUGUUUUCUGUUUUGCUUUCUUUGUUUACCUUGGGUUUUGUUUUUAAAGAAUAACAUUAUAGACAAUUUACGAAUAGGAGUUGUAUGGUUACAGUUAUUUUACUGUAUACUUUGCAUUCCCAGGUCAGUCUAUCCCCGUCGGCCCAAUUGACAUAUAUGUCUGUGGGAUGGUACAUAUAAACGAUCCCUUGCUUCUAAUAGAAAAAUAUAACAGAUUUCCUUUCCUAGACAACAUAUCAAAACUACCAUUCAUUAAAUUAAAUGUUUCAUACCCAAUGGCCGAUGAUUAAUAAAGCACUGUGUUUUACUGCUGUCGUUAAACAAAACAAACUUUAAUUUUGUAUUCCUAACAAUUAGUGAAAAGUGUUAUUCCUUCUGUAACUUUCGCGUAAGCACUGCAAAACGUCUUACAAAAAAAGUUCGAAACUUUAUCCGAAAACAAGGAUGCCUCAUACUUCAGUCAUUUUAAUGAAUUCAGUACCUACAUUAUACACCUAAUAAUAGACCAUGCAAUACAUCAUAUGCAUUAUUUCACUAGUGAAGAGAGUCAACUCUUGGUAUUUUUUCCUUUUACCCAAAAACUAACUUUGAUGCAGAAUUUUCAAAAACGUUUAUGAAAUUGAAAUAACAUUUAAUGGAAAUUAAAACAUGUAAUGUCAUCAUCUGGUAUUGCCCAUUGCGCUAUUGUUCGUUUAAGCCAAUGCACCACGACUGGUAUAUCAAACGCCGUGGUAUGUACUAGCCUAUAUGUGGGAUGGUGCAUAUAAAAGACACCUUGCUACUAAUGGUUUCCUCUUUAAGACUAUAUGUCACAAUAACCACGUUUAAUAUGAUUAAUAAAUGCUCUAGUGGUGUAAUUAAACACAAUAAACUUUAAAUUUUUCAUCUCAUAUUUGAGGACAAUUUGUCAAAACAUGUUUUGUUUGGUUAUAAUUACUUUAUCUCAAAGUUAGGUUUUAACUAAAGAGACUGUCCAUAGUUUGCCGUCAUUGUAACGUUUCUGAUUAAUUUACACAUAUCCAAAUGCAUUUAUUCAGCUUUAAGGUUUCGAGCUCACGAUACAACUCUUUUGCUCAUAUAUAAACAUGGUAUAAAGUCAGGUUUACCUAAUAACUUUAUGAAUGACGUGUUCAUACUAUGUAUGAAUGGGCACACACAUACCACUACUAUUUUACAGAGAACAGUAUUUCGAGUUUCACAAAUAGCAAACUUGUAAUACGUUUAAAUUGUCAUAUUGCAUAAAAAAAAUAGCAUACAUUCACGUUUUGAAACUAUAUCUCAAUAGUUACAUGCCACUAUUUGACAUAUAUUCUAAGGACGCACUAAAAUUGAAGCAUUUCAUUACCUAUAGUAAUUGUUUUGUUAAUGUAUAUAGUUAGAUGUGUCACGGUUACAUGUGUUCAUUCGACAAACUUUAGAUAGUUUGCGUUUUUAUUGUUACACUGUGUGGUCUUAGUCCAGGAGCUAAGGGUUCAUUUUAUAAAAAAAAAUCUUAUUUCAUCCAACUUGAUGUAAAUCUUCUUAUGUAUUGAACAAUAUGGGGUGGUGUUCAGUAUGUUAUCCCUGUAGUACUGAUCAGUGACCCUCCCGUGAACAAUAUGGAGUGGUGGGUGUUCAGUAUGUUACCCAUGUAGUACUGACCAGUGUCCCUCCCGUGAACAAUAUGAAGUGGUGUUCAGUAUGUUACCCCUGUAGUACUGACCAAUGACCCGCCCUUGAACAAUAUGAGUUGGUGUUCUGUCAGUCAUAGUGAUGCCACCCCACAUCAUAAUUGAUCCACCACCACAUCUGCCAUGCGUCCUCACCUUGACGUUUGUUUGGCGUUCAUUUUGACGCUUCCAAACACGACCAUCAAUAUUCCACAAAUCAAGAAUGAAUCUGGACUCUGUAGAUCA